CUUCUCUAUUCUCUGAUCUCUCAUAAGAAGGGCUUAGGGUUCACUUCAGAUCUGUCUUUGAACAUUGCUACUCUCAAGUGAUCAAAUUAACUCCGUCGCAGGUGAUGAGGAGAUACAGUCCGCCUUAUUACAGUCCUCCGAGGAGAGGAUACGGUGGUCGAGGUAGAAGUCCUCCUCCUCCUCCUCCUCGACGUGGAUAUGGUGGUGGUGGUGGUGGUGGUGGACGUAGAGGAUCUAGCCAUGGAAGUCUCUUGGUUCGUAACAUUCCUCUUGAUUGCAGACCAGAAGAGCUUCGUGAGCCCUUUGAGAGGUUUGGACCUGUGAGAGAUGUCUAUAUCCCCAGAGACUAUUACUCAGGGCAACCGCGGGGGUUUGCGUUUGUGGAGUUUGUUGAUGCAUAUGAUGCUGGGGAGGCUCAAAGAAGCAUGAACAGGAGAAGCUUUGCUGGAAGAGAGAUAACGGUGGUUGUUGCUUCAGAGUCUAGGAAAAGGCCUGAAGAGAUGCGUGUGAAGACUAGGACUCGUAGUAGGGAACCUUCAGGCUCCAGGGAUCGUUCUCAUGGACGGUCUCGUUCACGUUCAAUCUCUCGAUCACGUUCUCCACGUCGUCCGUCAGAUUCUAGAAGCAGAUACCGAUCAAGGUCUUACUCUCCUGCACCAAGACGAAGAGGAGGUCCUCCUCGUGGGGAAGAAGAUGAAAAUUACAGUCGUAGGUCCUACUCCCCUGGCUAUGAAGGUGCUGCUGCUGCUGCUCCAGAUCGGGACAGAAAUGGAGACAAUGAGAUUAGAGAAAAACCGGGCUAUGAAGCAGAGGAUAGACGUCGUGGUGGAAGAGCAGUUUCAAGGUCGCCAUCAGGAUCCAGGUCCAGGUCUGUGGAGGUAUCUCCAAGAUGAAACUUAUGUGAAGAAGUGGCCGACCAAAACUUUGUGCAACGCUUUAUGGGUUUUGCAUUUCUCUAGUAGUGCGUCUCUGUGUCUUUAAAAACUCCUUACUCUGGCUUGUCAAAGAUAUUUUGUCUUGUGAUGUGAUGUUACUUGAAAUCGGUUUCGGUUUAUGGGUCUUAUUAUAAAAUUGUAUGAAGAAGAUUGGUUAUGCUUUUGAUGUGAGACAGGUUUAAAACCCACAAUGAGCGAGUAAACCAAGUCUUCUCUCGUAUGGUCGAGGUCGAGAAUUGCGACCUUUUUUUGUUCUCGAGCAGCCUUUGCAGAUAUUUAAUUAGGAAAGUCAGGUCUAAGAAUUUCUGAGAAGAAGAGAAUAAAAAGACUCAUUCAUCUAG